AGGCGCUCCCACAGCGCGUAGGGAAAAUCACCUCGGCCGGGUGCUCCAGAACGAGUCCUCCCGCCACGGCCCCGCUCCCGGGCACCGGGAAGGUUUGCGCUCGGCUCGCGUGGGGCGGGACCUGGGCCUGUUCCUUUCUGCCCCCACCGCCUUCUCGCAGCCCUGCUGUUACGGGCUGGUCGGGCCCCUGCCCGAGCCACAAGGCGCGCACCAAACGCGCGGUCUUCCCCUAACGCCAUUUUCUCCCACGUUGAAAGCGAAGCGUCUAACAAGCCCGUCCAUCCCCCGAGGCGCUUAGGAAAGUGAUGAUGGGAAAAGUAACCAUGGUAACGGCCCCGCCUCUCCUUCCCACCUGGGGCGAACCCCUCAGCCCGUCUCCUUCUAAUGGCGUCGUCACCUGGGCUUCCUCGCUCCUCAUUGGCUGCGCUCCGAGAUCUCACUAUGCUCACUCCAUCCCUUCUGCCAAUCAUCAUCUGGUGGGCCGUUCUGUCCCCCCCCAUCCGCCCCACGCCUGACGGGGACCGGUUCCCGCCGGAGAGCCAAUCACAGCGGCGCAGGGGUGUUGUGCGGCCAAUAGGAGAGCGCACGUCAGGAACUGGAGUCGCGAGCUGGUGCUGCUGCUGUUGUUGAUGAGUGAGAAGCGGGUGACGGUGCUGCUGGUGCCGCGGCUGAGGUGUGUGAGUGAGUGAGGGGCAGGCGCAGGUGCUGUCGCUGUGCAGGCUGUUUCUAGAAUUCUGCAGAGAAACUGCAAGUGUGAAGUGUUAUAUUUGAACAAUGGCAGUGAAUGAGAGUAUUGACAUCCUGAAUUCAGCUUAUCUGGCUGUGGAAUACAUCGACUCUUUCUUGCCUGACAAUCCACUGCAGCAACCAUUUAAAAAUGCUUGGAACUAUAUGCUGGACAAUUACACCAAAUUCCAGAUUGCAACAUGGGGAUCACUCAUAGUUCAUGAACUUUCCUACUUUUUGCUCUGUCUACCUGGAUUUAUAUUUCAGUUUAUACCUUAUAUGCGAAAGUAUAAAAUUCAGCAGGAUAAACCAGAAACGUGGGAGAAGCAGUGGAAGUGUUUAAAAACACUUCUCUUCAAUCACUUCUGUGUUCAGCUUCCUCUGAUAUGUGGUACCUACUAUUUCAUAGAGUACUUCAGUAUCCCUUACGACUGGGAAAGGAUGCCAAGAUGGUACGUGCUACUUGUCCGGUGUUUUGGAUGUGCAGUGAUUGAGGAUGCCUGGCACUAUUUCCUGCAUAGACUCUUGCAUCACAAGAGAAUAUACAAGUACAUCCAUAAAGUUCAUCAUGAGUUCAUAACUCCAUUUGGGAUGCAAGCAGAGUAUGCACAUCCACUGGAAACGCUUAUCCUUGGAGCUGGUUUUUUCAUUGGCAUUAUUGUGUUCUGUAACCAUAUGAUUUUUCUGUGGGCCUGGCUAAUAUGUCGCUUAAUGGAAACCAUUGAUGUACACAGUGGCUACGAUAUUCCUCUGAACCCCCUGCAUCUAGUGCCCUUCUAUGCCGGGGCUCGUUUUCAUGAUUUCCAUCACAUGAACUUCAUUGGCAACUAUGCUUCAACCUUCACAUGGUGGGACAGAAUCUUUGGUACAGACUAUCAAUAUGUUUCAUACCAAGAGAAAGAGAAGAAUCAAGAACUGUUAACAGAAAAGAAGUCCAACUAAAUAUCCCAUUUAACCUCCUACAGACAAACUGCUUCCAUCUUUCUUUUGGGCUCAAACUGGUAACUAACACCCGAUCACAAAUUAAAGCAAUAUUUUGCUUUUCUUAAAAGCAAAAGUUAAGCAUAUACCUUGUCCCUUGGCUACUAAGUGGUAGGGAAAAUUCUUACUACAAUGUAAUUAUCUACUUAGUGGGAAUGCUUUUCUAUUUUAUACACAACUCUAAAGUAUAUAUGCAGAACUUUAAAGAUUAAUUUAAUUUAAAAAUUACAUAGGUGACUUGAAAGUUUUUAUCAUCUGUUGCAAGAAUUUUAUUAAAAUUUUUAAAGUAUCUAUAAUGCUACCCUAUUUGGAUUCAGGUAGAAUUAUGUACAUUAUAAUUAUAUACACUGAAAUUGGACUUCAUUUAAAAUAUAUAUAUAUAUAUAUAUAUAUAUAUAUAUACACACACAUUUAAAUUUGUAAUACAAAUACAGCAACCCCAUUAAAACUGUGGUACUGGCACUACACUUAAACCUUGAGCAAAUGGGAAGAAUUUGCUUUAGAAACCAAAAUACCAUCAGUUGAUAAGGAGCAUGGACCAGCCAUUUGCACACUGAAUAAUGCAAACGAUUAAUUCCAGAAGAGCGGGCUAUAUGUUCAGAAACAUUCCCCAUGUGGGUGGUGUACAUUUUAGCUAGGGUUAGAAAAAGGGUGGUUUUGUUUUUACUUUAGAAGCCUUUUUUGCUGCUCUUCAAGUUACUUUGUCAGUGUUCUUAGUAUUUACAUUACGUUUCUUUGCUGUGUUGUAAUUUGCUAAACUGACUUGUUGCUAGAUUUGCACUUGUGGAUUACAAAAUACAAUAAAUGUGUUGAUUUGA